CGAGUCAUCCGUUCUGCAAUAUCUUGAAAUGAAAAAGAAACAAGGCUUCCAAUGCAAUGUUUCUGGAUUUGUAGACUCCCUGUUGACCACAUGUAAUGAAGCCGACGAAAACAUGGGUGAGCAAUCCAGGGCUGUAGAGCCAGCCUGAAAAAAGAGACAUGUUCUAAGGGCGACAGUGUGGCCAGCCGUAAUGAAAGGGUUAGGAGCCAACCGCAGUCGUCACCUGUCUGACUCCUGUGAGCCCUCAGCAGGCUCCCAGAAGCCCCUCUACCCUCUGACAUCCGAUCCCCACAGCUUCCUGCUGAGCCCCACCAUGAACCAUUAUGGCACUCUGGACCCCCACAUGCACCACUUGCCCCCACCAAACCACUCCUUACCCCCAGACUGCCUGCUGCCCCUCAACCAGAUGUCUAACAGUAGCACCUUCCCCCGCCUGCACUUUAGCUCCCAGGCAGAGCGAGAGCAGGGGGACUGCUCCCAGGGCUGCAUGGUGCCUGGUGGGGCUGGGGCGGGGAGCAGCAGGGCUGGCACUCUGUCCAACUCAAUGUCUAUGGGUAUGGGUCUAGGCCUCGGCCUCAGUGGAGCCCCCAUGAUCACCAGUGGCUCAGCCACCAUCUCCUCUGCAGCCGCAGCCAAGAUGAACCGGCUGCCCUCCAACCUGCUGGACCAGCUGGAGAGACACCUGCCUCUGCAGCGAGACGGCUUCAGCACGCUGCAGUUCCACCGCGGCCGCGUGUCCAAGCAGCGCAGUGAGAGCCCUGGACGCAUACGCCACCUGGUUCACUCUGUUCAGAAGCUUUUUGCCAAAUCCCAGUCUCUGGAGAGCUCAGCGGUCAAAGGCAGCACGAACGGGCGCUCUGCAGGAGGAGGGGUGGGAGGAACGGUGGGGGGAGGGGAGGACGGGGCCAGACAGACCCGCAGGAGCAAGAGCAAGGACAGGGCUAAGACUGAGGGGACAAGGCAAAGACCCCGGCCAAAUGCUCUGGGACUGUGGAGCUCUGAUGACACCCUGGACAGUGACGCUAUUAAAACUGGGACUAUUGCCGUGGGCUACCGCAACCCCUUGAGCAUGAUGACUCUGGGCAGGGCAGUGUCGGACAGCCAGGCCCCACCAAGGCAUGUCCCACAAGGAUAUCAUACCAUUUCUGCCCACACCCUCAAGACCUCCAAGAGCAGCAGUGACCUCAAGUACUUAGCCUGUCCCUCUGCGCUGAUGGGCAUGCGGGGAGAGGAGGUUGGAGGCAGGGAGGCAAUGCUUGUGAAGAGGGGCUCCUGGUCCACGCUCACCCUCAGUCAAGCCAGGCAAGUUAUACAGAAGGGCUCAGCUACAGUCAACAGGACACUGCUGUCCAAGUCCAAAUCAUGUCACCAGGACCUGGCAUGUCAAUACCUCCAGGUAGGAGAGACUGUGCCACUGGGGGAUGGGAGUGCCACUCUGGGCCGGGGCCGUCUUGGUGGCACCGAGAUCCCCUGUCGGAGGAUGCGCAGCGGCAGCUAUGUGAAGGCCAUGGGUGACCUAGAGGACAGCGAGGACUCGGAGGGCAGCCCCAAACCCUCACCCAAGAGCGCUGCCCGUCGCCAGAGCUACCUGAAGGCUACUCAGCAGUCUCUGAAUGAGCAGCAGCCGCCCCCACCGCCACGAAACUGUCUCCCAGCCCUGAGAGAGUUGGCCACCAACCGAAGCCUGGACAACCUGGAUUGCCUAAUGACCCCAGGGGAGCCUACUGUGCACCACUGGGACAGCGACUUCAACCAAAGCUUUGUCACACUGGGCAGAGGCAUUGGCUGUGGGCAGCGAGUCAACCUGCACGUGUCCUUUCAGGUGUGUGGGCAGGGCUGUGGGCAUGGCUGUGGGCAUGGCGUGCCCUACUGUGAGGUGGAGUCCCAGGCGGUGGAGGCUCUGGACCUGCCCAUGCCAACAUGCUUCCGCUCCCGCAGCCACAGCUACCUGAGGGCCAUCCAGGCUGGCUGCUCCCAGGACGAAGAUACAGCCUCCGCAGACUCAGACUCACCACCGCCCACCACCACAGGCUGCACCUACUCCUCCAGCACCAUCCCAGCGUGUUUCAGCUCCAGUAAGAGGGCCCCUCCCCCGGUCCCCCCACGCACCACCUCCAAGCCCCUGAUCUCUGUGACCUUGCAGAGCAGCACAGAGUCGGCCCAGGACACCUACCUGGACGGACAGGACCGCCGCAGCGAGGCCAACAGCCAGUCAGGACGCAGCAACUCCUCUGACAGCCUGUGUAGUACCCUCGCCACCAGCCUCACAAAGGGCAGUAAGCCUCCUGUCCCCACUGCUGCCCCUGUCCCCAUCCCUACCCCAAGAGACCCACCCUCCCUGAUCUGCCUGCCCCAGAAUGACAGUCUGAGUCCAGCCCUCACCCUUGGAGAGCCCCAGACUGAGACCGCGCCCAGGAGGAAACUCUCCUCUAUUGGCAUUCAGGUGGACUGUGUUCUGCCAAUCCCAAGAGAAGAUACGCCCCCUUUGACCAAGUUCCAGUCGAUUGGAGUGCAGGUGGAGAACGGCAGGCCACUCAGCCGGGCCAGCAGUAUGGCCUCCAGACAGAACACAGAGACGGAGCCCCAGGAGUCACUAAAUGCCCUAGCUUCAGAAAACAUCACCGCCAACUGUAACAACAGCCAGCCCGCCAAUCCAUUGCCCCCCAAUGGAGAGGACAGCUCCAUGGUGCGGCAGCCCUCCAAACAUGUCCCCAUCCCAGCCCGAGCCGCAUCCUCGCCGCCAGAGACCCUGGAUCCGGCCCUGGACCCCUCCUCCCUGCCGCCGCCAGACCCCAGCCUGGAGAGCGACAACGGAAAGGCCCAGGGAGACUGCGGCACGCUCGGCACGCCCACCUGCCUCAGGGACGGCAACUGGUUCCUGAAGCUCCUGCAAGCGGAGACGGGCCGCAUGGAGGGCUGGUGUCAGCAGAUGGAGCAGGAGACCAAAGACAACCAGAUAUCAGAGGAGGUGCUGGGGACCGUGCGCAGUGCAGUGGGCAGUGCCCAGCUCCUCAUAGCCCAGAAGUUCCAGCAGUUUAGAGGACUCUGCAACGAGAACCUGAACGUGAAUGCCAACCCUCGUCCCACGGCUCAGGACCUGGCUGGCUUCUGGGACCUGCUCCAGCUCACCAUAGAGGACAUCAGCCUGAAGUUUGAUGAGCUCUACCAACUCAAAGUCAACAACUGGCAGCUCCCUGAGAAGCAGGACAAGAAGGAGGAGAGAAAGCAGCUCCCACCGUCUGUGCCAAAGAAGACGGCCAAGCCCAAGCUGGCUUCAGGGAAGGACAGGAGCGUAGACUCUGCUGCGGACAAGCAGCGGCAGGAAGCCAGGAAACGCCUGAUGGCAGCCAAGCGUGCCGCGUCGGUAAGACAGAACUCUGCCACGGAGAGUGCCGACAGCAUCGAGAUCUACGUUCCUGAGGCCCAGACCCGGCUCUGAGAGUGGACCAGAAGCGUUCCUAUACCCCACUGCUUAUGAAGGAACAUCCUGUCACACACACACACACUUUCUCACACACACGCACGCGUGCGCACGCAGACAGUCAGGGUGCAGGGGCUGGUGCCUGGUGGCAGCCAGGAGGACAGAAUAGGAGAGCACAGGACUGAGGAAACUCUACUGAACAAUACACACUACCUCCUGGCUGCCAUGGAAACUAACUUCAAGAGACGUUUAUUACUAUUGUUAUUAUUGUUAUUACUCUUAAUAUUAUAAUAAUAAUUAUUAUUAUCUUAAAUAUAUCAAGACUGUCUUAAAUGUGCAAGUAUCUUGGAUAAAGACAUCCUUUUCUUUGUGAGCUGAAGAAUCUUGGUAUCCCAGAAGUUUACUGUCACUCUGUCACCCUCUCACUCCAGAGUCUGCGGGCAAGUUCUGGCUGCCUCGUUUACGAGUUGAGCAACCACACACUCAGGACAUAACACACACACGCACUCACACACACACACACACACACACACAAUGAACACAGAUAAAUACACACACAGGUGUACUCACUGUCUGUCCUCACAGUCUUCCUGUUAUCUCUUUGUAUUAGGCCUACCACUCAUGGUUGUGGUGUGUAAGCUUUAAUGUGUCAAAUGGACUAUGAGAUGGUGUUGAUAUAUGCCCAGAAGACAACCGUAGCAUAUAAAUAUAUAUAGAUAGAUAGAUAUAUAUCUCACUGGUUAUACCAUAUUCAUUUUUUAAAUGUUCUUUACCAGGUUGUUUGUUAGACAAGGUCAGUGUUCAGUACUACGGUAGUUUUUAUAGACAAAGUUCAUGUAAUGUCAUGAUAUUCACACACAAUGCAAUCAUUCACUCCAUCUCUUUCACAAACGCACACUAUACUGUCAGUGUUUGUGAAGAGCUGUGAUGUUAACAAGUCUUAUAUUUUGUUUGAGACAGAGAGAAAUAACUAUGGCCAGUUGAUGUGUACAACAAAGGAAUGUAUGGACUGGUAUGCAUUGAAAAACUAACUUGACUCCUCCCAUUCACCCAGAUCAAGUUUCCUCACCUCUUGUUUUCCUGAUCAUUCUUUUUCAGCCUUCAUUGGACCCCAAUAUAAUGCAGGGGACCCAGAGUUGAACCACUGUUUAUAAAACAUUCCCAUUAAACUCAACUAAAAUUCCCCUACAUGAGCUCUCAGCAGCAUUGCAUCAGUUUGAUUUAAGGGUGAUGGUGGUAGAGAACUGUCUAAGCUCCCUCAGUGUGGCGACAGACUGGCCUCUGGAUAACCCAUGUCAGCUUGGCAUGCAGUCGUUUUCACUAUAAAUUAAGCUAUAGCCAAAUUAAAAAGUGCAUUCAAGCUAGUAACAUUUGAAUUAUUCUGGUGCCAAGUCCAAACCAACUAACAACCUUGUGAACUUGCUGGGAGGUGCAGAUUGGUUCUCAUGGUGGGAGUCAGUGUUUGGACCAAGUUUUUUUUCUCAGGGCCAGCGCUCAGUCACUUAUCAAACCAACUGGAAGACUUUCAACCACUGCUUGAUAUGACAAAGCCAACUAAAUACCAAUACAUAUUGGUCAUUGACAGUAAAACACAAUUUUACUGUUCUUAAGAUAUGAGCUUAAACAUAGUCUUAGGCUGAUGGUCAUGUACUAAUUGUCAUUGAGGCUGCUCAAGGUCAUUUCAUGUUGUCAGUCUGGCAUGUGGCAGCUUCUCAUCCCUGUUCACAGAAGUGUUAUGGUGACAUUCAGGGACUAUGGUACACUUUCAUUUAGUUUUGUAUGAGGCAUUUUCAGUGGUUGUUUUAGGAUUGUAAUUUAGAUUUGACAACCAGCACAAAAAAGAAAAAAACAUUUUUCCACCAAUCUGGUUUUCUCAUUCUUAAAGAAAAUAGUUGGUGCUACAUAAAUUUGGUGCUUGUGGUGUUGUGUUGACAAUGAUAAUUUUGCCAUAGUUGAAAAAGAUGACUAUCACAUAUUGUAUUUUAAAUGGUUUUGUUUCUGUCUUAGUUUUCCACCUUGUCUUUGAGUUUGCAGUUCCGUCUGCCCUACAGGGAUUUAAAAGCAUGUUUGUUGUACAAACACAUGCUUACACCACUCCUCUUGCUUAUGAAUCCAUGUGGGGGACUUUCACACUUAAAUUGAAUUUUUUAUUUCAGAUUUGGAUGCAUUGGCAACACUUCCCACAUGGAUGAAGUAUAAUUUGAAUGUGUUGAUUGGUUUAGUCCAGAAACUAGACCUACCAUAGCGCUUGUCCUCAGUGACACUGAAAUAGCCUGGAGACAAUUUUACUCACACUAACAUUAGGCUUCUUAGAGCCACCAACACGUCUUAUUAUUUAAUGUCCUAAGGGAUAGGGACUGGGUCUGGGGACGUUUCAGAAGGAGGCCAGUCAACGGCACCGCUUGUCUACCAGAAGAGCUGGCUCCACCUACUGGUCAUCAUCUGCAUUACAUGGUUGGUUCACUGCUGUUCCCAGUUUUGUAUUUUUUAGCUCAUAAUGACAUACUAGGUGGAUUAGAACUGGUGCAGCUGAGACAGUACCACAAUGUAGAUUUUUUAUAUUUGUUUAUUUGUGAUACAUCAACAAUGGACGUGUACAUUUCAUUGUCCAAAAUAUCAUUAAACAUCCCUUUAUUACA